AUGAAAGCUGAAGCUUCAUUUUGCUUUCAUGAUCACAAUAAAUAUGUCAACUUCAAAGCUAUUUCUAAGUUUUCAGUCACAUCUCCUCAACAUCAAGCAACAUUACAGUUCCAUCACGAAUAUCAAAUUAUUUUGAGAUCAAAGAUCAGUGGAAUUAGAGUUGAGUUACGAUCUCCCAUUAAUAUACAUUUAUGCAAUAUCUAUGUGAUUUCAAGCAAUUAA